GAUGUUAAAAAGUGGAGGGAUCUCAACUUCAACACGUGGUAGUUGUAUGUAGUAGUAUUAGUAAGAUGCUCGAUUGUUUGUUUGGGAACCUGUUUACAGAACAACCUUCUCGACUCUCAAUUCGUUGACAAUUUCGAGUCCAUGUACAAUUGUAACUUGCUCCACACGAAACGAAAGGCAAAGAAAGAGGUGAUUAAGAGCACUUUCCAAGUUUGUACUACAAAUAUCUCCUAGGUAGUUGCAUGAUAAUGUUUGUGAAUGGAUUGCUUGAAGAAGGGGUCAGUGUCUUACUUUUGGUGUCGACUGUUGGGCAGCUAAUCUCUUUUGCAAUACGAUGAUACCAAAAGAUCAUGGAAUAUAUGGUUCGAGGUUAUUAGUUUUAUCUUUAAAAAAGUAGAUUCUCUCGUAAAUUUUCAUGACUUGAAAUCUCUAUGCAAUCCGAAUUUAGAUAGAACCGAUUUAAACAACGACUACGAACUGAACUACAUACAAACAAACAUUUUGGGGUUCAGAUUUGCCAGAAGAUUGAGAGAAUAACAAGGCUGGAGGCAGAGCAAGGUAUCAAUGGAAAAGGGGAUAUAGACAAGCAAGCAUUGUAAGUAUGGAAGCCAUUCUUUCUGUCCCAACUCCAUUCCCCUGCUAACAUAUAUAAAGUUGGUCUGUUCUAAUACUCCAACCAACCACAUUACAGACUUGAGCAACAAGCAUGGCUUAUCGAAAUCGUUUCUGCAACCAUAUUGCCUGCAUUCUCUUAACCUUCUGCAUUGCUUCAGCACAAAACUCGACCACGAGUAGCAGAACAUUCACACUAUACAACAACUGCAACGAGACAAUCUGGCCAGGAAUCUUAACCAAAGCCGACCACAACGACUCUGCUGGCGACAUUGGGUUCCCCUUGCAGCCCGGCCAAACCGCCUCCUACCCUGCCCCACCUGGCUGGAGCGGCAGAAUAUGGGGUCGAACCGGCUGCACCUUCAACGCCACGAAUGGCACCACUACUGGGACUUGCCAAACAGGCAGCUGUGGCACAUCCCUCAACUGCACCACCCCAAGUUCACCUCCCAACACCAUCGCAGAAUUCACCCUUGGGGAUGACCACGACCUCGAUUUCUACGAUGUCAGUCUCGUAGAAGGGUUCAACUUGCCUCUGGUGGUGUCUCCAUUGAACGGCAAAGGAAACUGCAGCAUUGCUGGAUGUGAUGGUGACCUGAGGCAGAGUUGCCCUCAGGAACUUGGGGUCGAAUCUGACCACGACAGGGUGGUUGCGUGCCAGAGUGCCUGUCAGGUGUUCGACAGCGAUGAGUAUUGCUGCCGUGGGAAGUACUCAGAUCCAAUGGUGUGCGUGGCGAACAAUUACUCGGAGGCGUUCAAACAAGUAUGCCCUGCAGCAUCGAGCUAUGCACUCGAUGAUCGUACCACAGUGAUGACAUGCUCUGCAUCUGAUUACUUGAUCACCUUUUGUUCAUCGAGGUCGAAUUUCGAAACUUCCUAUGACAAUCUCAUUCAGGCAAUUAGAAGUAACUACCUAUUACUACAAGAUGAUUAAUUAUUUACUAUAUGCUUGCAGGAAUCAAACACUGUGCUCCUACCAUGACAACAAGGUGGUUUGCAGUAAUAAUAACAGCAUCAGUUC